AUGUCAUCGCCAUCCGUCCAACAAGUUUCGUCUGUGGAGACUAACGGGAGUGACGAGGGUGCGACCAUCUACCGUUUGGGCGAGGAUGUUGAGCUCACAGAAGAUCAGGAAGAGAUAGAUGUGAGCUAUCUACGAGUGGGCAAACUCGAGAAUCUCGAAAAGUGCCGGAAGUUGAAGUCGUUGAAGCUGAUCGCCAAUGACAUAAAGAAGCUCGAAGGUCUAGAGGAAUGCAAGGCACUGGAACAUCUAGAGCUGUACCAGAACCACAUACGAAUAAUGGAAAACUUAAACCAUUUGGUUAACCUGCGAGUGCUCGACUUGAGCUUCAACAAGAUAAGGAAGAUUGAGGGUAUCUCCAGCUUGGUUAACCUUGAGAAGCUUUACCUAGCCAAUAACAAAAUAACGACUAUGGAAGACUUACCUUACUUGCCGAAUCUCGUCUUACUAGAGCUCGGUAGCAACAAGAUACGGAAGAUCGAGAAUCUGCAUAAUCUACCCAAGCUCGAAGAGUUAUGGAUCGGAAGGAACAAGAUCGAGUCUUUGGAGUGUGAUAAAGUGAGUUGA